AUGACGGGACCCAAGCCUAGACCGUUUCCUACGGUGGGUAAGCAAGCCUGUGACCAGCUGCUGAAAUGGUUGAUUGGAGCACUUCGCCGGUUAACAGUGCUACGCAAAAUGGUGGAGACAGCACUUGCCAAAGAACCUGCAUCCGAAGACGAUAAGAAAGUGGAAAUCCAUGUGGAAUUGACCCGUUUACUAUCGGAGGCCCUGUUCUCAAUCGAAACCUUGGACAGGCUUAGACAAUCCUCAGAGUGGAUUUCUGAUCACGAGGGACACUUGAAUGCGCUGAUGCAUGUGCAGGAAGCCACGGAAAAGAUUACUCUCGUUCAAGAGCAACUCCACCAACUCCGUGAAUUGUCACUGGCGGGUAUUGACACAUCUACGCCCCAGGACUCGGACCAGGCGAAAGUGGAUGACGAUUUUUCGGAGCCUCAGGUCGUGCCAACAGUGCAACAACAUUAG